AUGGCACUAUGGUACGCCCCCGGGCAGCCUUACCAUGCCAACCUGCUAGGGGGCCAUCGGGUCAUACGUACCAUGCCGACGGCGCGCCCCCUCGUGCAAAAUGGAAUUGGGGAAACUUUCUAUGAUAGGCCAUUGCGUUUCCUAGUGAAGCGCUUGCUCCCACUCAAACUCAACUUGCCAGCUGGCCGUGCCUUCAAUUCCGAGCCUUGCAGCUGGCAGGGGGUAGCCCUGGUGGGCGGGCCCGGGGUAUACAUGAGACCCCCUUUAAAGCCUCAACAAAACCCGAACAGUUUUCGCUGCCGGCAAAGGCAGCGCAGAAGAAGUCAACAGCUAUCUUCCCAGCAAAGCACAAUUUUUAGAAUGCGGGAAGAUGACCCAUUACAGCGCCAUGCGUCGCAAGCAUGA